AUGACGAAUAAACGAAUCAAAAUUCAAGAUUUGUUGAAUAAUGAGACAGUAGUAGAAGAUGCUCAACCUCGACUGCUGCAUUCGGCGCAAACUCCCUUGAAACCUGUCCCAACCUCGGUCGCAUCUACUUACAAUACCUCAACAGCCACUGUGUAUGCUAAUGAGCCUUCGGUGACAACGACAAAUGACACGCCCGUAAAUAGUCUUCCAGGGCGCUAUUCGUUUAGCAGCUCUACAACUCUACCGCCAAGCACAAGACUGCUAUCUAAUACGCUUCCUGGCUCCGGUCCCCUACUCCCUUUGCACAUGCAUGCGGCUUCCACCUCUCAAUCCCCUCAACUUCCUCCAUUUCAACUGAAAACCGAGGGACUAACCCCCGGAAUUGGUGGUUUUUCUCCGCUAAUGCAUGUGAAUCACACCAAUAGCCCCAAUAUGCUUCCAAUGGCUUCUUCUCCUCACCCGCAGAAUGUGCGUACACCACUAGGUGGUAGUCCCGGUGUCGCUAAGCCACCUCAUCAUACAGAACGUCCACUUCGUCAACAGCAAUUAAUGGCAGUAGCAAUGCAUGAACAGGACCACCAAAUGAUACAGAGUGGAAGUGCCCCUAGCGUUGGCAGUGAUAAUUCAUCGCACAGAAAGUUGUCUCCUGAGCUAGUCGCUGCAGUAUCGCUAUCUGCUAGCAACGUCAGCAACUUCCAAUAUAAAAUCAAUAAACCUCAAGGAAGGCCAAUCAUUCAAUCCAUUAUUGGUAAAUUCACAUUAUAUGCUAAUAUUCAAGAUCUGAUUUUAGACAUCACGAGAUUUGAUAGAAUUAGGUUAAGGGACGUCUUCAACGAGUCUCUUGGGACCUUUGAACUGAUACGUUAUUCCAAGGAAGACCUGCAACUGCAUCAUCAUAAUCAAAAUUCCGAUAGCGAUAGUGCGGCUCAGGAGCCAUCUACACCACAUUCAAACGCCUCCAUCCAGAAGAACCUUGUCAUUAAUGAAGCACAUGUGUACGACAAAUUAACUCAGGAAUUUCAAUGUCAGUACUUAAAGUUCAUCAAGAUAAUAAGAGAUAAAAAGGGUAAAUUAAUCCGUCUGGAAUCUGUAAUAAUACCAAACACUAACGAAAUUACUAUUGAUUUUAUAAAGAAAAAGAUAUGUUAUCCACGUUACAAAUCAAAUAUGAAAAUUUACUUGAUCAAAUGUGAUGCCCCAGAGGAGUUCCAAAAUAAGUUCAUCUACAUUCAUGAUAGCCAAAGUCUAGAAGAUGGUAAGAACCUUGUUAACAUUGAUAAUCUUGAUAAAGACUUAGAGCAAUUUAAGAAUCUGACCAUUUGGUGCAGAAAUGAGUGA